GCCGCGCUCCCUCCUCGACGCGAGCGUGUCUGUGCAGGCGUCGUUUGAUGGUGUGGAAGAGCGUUCAAAACAUCGACAAAAAGAGGGAAACGUAUCAAAAGUGUGUUUUGAUGACGGAGGUUCGUCCGCCUUGCUAUGAGACGAAUAGAAAUGUCACAAAUUAGGAGCUGAAUCGCCGGAGCUGAAUCGCCAGAGCCCGAACCCGCGUCGGACCGGCGCCGUGCCUCCGAACCUGGUUCCGCUGGUCAACGGGAGCAUGCAUGCGCUCAACGGGAGAUCCGUGCAGAUGGGGAUCCACCCGGUUGCGUUAACGGCGGAGCAUGUGAGCAAACGCGCGGAAGACAUGAACGACAAACACCGCGCCGACAGCAUGAGCGACGCGAGCGACGGACACAAGGACUGGACGCAGAAGGGCAAGACGGUGCGGGAGCUGAUGAGGCUGCAAAGCCUUGACUCCCGGUUCAAGAAGAAGCACGCGCCGCUGGCGCACAGAAUGGGAUACGAGAGCAGCUCCAGUGCCUUAAAAACAGAGGAACUGGAGCAAAGAAGUCAAACGACAAAAGAAGAAGAAGAAGAAGAAACAUGGAGGAAAACAGGACAGAAUCCCAACUGAUGGAGCAGCAGGAAAUUGUUUUUAGAUUAAGAAGAACAAUUCAACUGAUGCGAAAACAGGAGGAUUUGAAUGAGAAAAUGAUGAGAAUGCUGAAAGAAAUGAUUGAGUUGGUGAACUUUAAUUUGGAGUUGCAAUCUCUCGGAAAUGAUAUCAGUGCUUUGAGAUUGCAAUUGUCUGCCACAAAACCCGAAAAGCCUUAAAAGGCAGUAAUGAGAUAUACAGUACUGUGCAAAAGUCUUAGGCCAUUAGUAUUUUCACAAACAAAAAAAAUGGUUUUAAGCCAGUUAUUUCUAUAAGUUGCUUUAGUGAGUCAGUAGGAAAUAACAGUUUACUUUUCCAAACAUUCCUUUUGCCAUUAAUUGUAAUAAUCAAGUUAGAUUUUUCUAUGCACAAGGAGUCUGACAACAACCAGUGCUCCACACAGAGAUCUGAUCUCAUCAUCAUCCUGUAACUGGCUUAAAACCAUUUUUUGUUGUUGUUGUUGGUGGUGAAAAUACUAAUGGCCUAAGACUUUUGCAUAGUACUGUACAUUCUCCUAGAGUUUGCUCAACAGUUAAGACUGCCACGUAUGUAUGCUUUUUGCUAACUGUAUCAUGAUUGUGCAAGAAAGUGCAUUUUGCAAUAAUGUUGCAGAAUGGACCUUCUUUCUUAAAGUGUUGUAUUGUGAUAUGUUAUAUCUUAUCUUAAAAGAAAUGAUGCUAUGCAGUUUAGAAACAGUUAUUUGCUUAGCCUAAGCCUUAAGAUGUUGUAAUUGUUUAGAUUAAAAAUAGAGAUAGAUUCAUUUGCUUUAAUGUAAAAUAUGCUACAAUUACUUCAUCUGAACUUUUGCCACUGUGAGGUUGCUACUAGGUGAAGGGUCUUGCUUCCUGUAUCCAUAGCAACCGGUGUAGGUGUAUGUGUGUAUGAAUGUGUAAUGAAUUUGCAUUGUUUUUGUUACUAUAAAACGUCAUGGUUGAUGCUAUUUACUUCUAUUGUUAUUUGCUUAUGAGUUAUUGUUUUAAUAAAGCGAAACCAUUUCCUAUGGUGAUGCGUUAAACUUCUUUUAAA